AUUGUGAGUUGUGUGCAUUGAAUUGCUGCCUGUACUGUGCAUAACAAUGUUUCUGUUAGUUCUGUUUCUUUACUUUCUUCUCUGUGCCUGAUCAAACAGCAACUAUUAAAGGCUUUAUAGCAUUUGAUCUGUUGAUACAUGUAUGCAACAUUCUACAUGAUCAGUGAAACAACUAGGCUUGUAACGCAAAAAUAUAGACAGGUUUUCUCCAGACUCUAAUUCAAGGAAAUUUGUCCAAAUUUAAGGAAAUUUUGGAGCUCAAAUAAGGAAUUCCAGUUUUAAGUUGUGGAAGCACUGAUUGUAGAAUUCUCGCUAGCGAAUAGUGAUACAUGUAGCUUGCUUUGCACAAACUCUGCUGAAUACAUGUGAAUAUUUCUACCUAUAUACUGAACUGUGAGAGUUAUUUUAACUUACCCCAGGCUGACUGUAAUAUUUAUACCAAUAAACGAUUGACGAGGAUCGUCAUGUCAAGGGCCCAAUCAGGACAAGGGAAAGGAAAAUUAUGGAAGACCGAAACCCCGAACGUUAAUAUCUUCCACGUAAACAAUGGCCUGUGUGCAUAUGGAUGCUAAAACACAACCACGUGUGCUACAUGUACCGUGAAAAAAACAACGACCGGAUCUAUAGCAAACACGGGCAAUCUUGCCAGUCAACAAGAAAGAAAAAAAUCUACUUGGUAGUGGUACAAACAUCAUACCAAUCGUUAGCACAGUCUCACAAAUCUGAGUCAGCAAAAUGUUAUUCAUAGUGUCAACUACAUACAUGAUAUGAACUAUCGUACAUAGGGUUUUGGGUUAUAACUUUCAACCUUUUUAAAAAACACAAUACUAAACUUCUCCAUAGCUCUUGCAAGUUUUCUGUGCACAGCCGGGACAAUAUUCUAAUGCUAUGAUGUGACUUGACACGAACUGGCUCAUUUACGAUGCAGAGUUUUCACGCUAAUGGAAGAGGCUAGUUUGAGGAUUUCGAUCGAGGAUAUCAAGAAGCCACAAUAUUUAAUAUGUCUACAUGUAUGAACAGGUUAUAAAGGAUGUAGGCUUUGCUACAUGUAGAUACCAAAUUUGUGGAUAUUCUUUUCCUUGUUAUAUCAACUUUAAAUGCAGGUAAUGAUAGAUAAUACUCUCUAAACAUGUUAUGUAACAUACCCGUAAUGUCAAUCAUGCAAUGUUUACAUAGGUUUCUAUUGUCUAGUUUGGUCAUUCCUUUUAUUUCAAAACACUUCGGUCAGGAGACAUGUGUAUCAGUUGAUGUUUAAGUCACCCAAAAUUGGUAGUUCAAGCACACCUUCUCUCACAUGCCACCAACACUGAUGAACCCCUGAAGGCUCCUUUCUUGGGUGUUACUAUAUCGUAAGAAGAUUCAUUUGAGGGAUAGUGAGGUAUUGUGAGGGAUUGUUCAAGUUUGUCCUUUCAAAUUCAAUGGCGGAAGAACAAGUUAAGGUCAGUUUGUGGUGCGUGCCAAGGUCGUUAUCCACCGUUCUCACCAAAUGUCUCGGUGCCAUCGAUGGAAUGGAAGUCUACUUUGAGCUGUUCUCUUACGUCGAGCUGACUUCAAAAAUGUUCGAGUCGGCAAUGAUGGGCCGCAAACUCCCGUUCAAAUUGGUUGGGAAUGAGAAGGAUUAUGAACGGAUGAUCGAGAUUUGGAAUGCAAAUCCCAUGAUGGUUUCAGCAGACAGAAAAUUAAUCCCCAGAAGAAUAUCGUGUCAUGACAUCAAACAAGAUUUACAAAAUGCAACAAGCAAGUAUAUAUUUCAUAAGGAGAUGGGCUACAUCGUGGAUCAUGUACAGGAUUACCUUCCGGAAGGCUUCAGAUACGUGUUUCUUAUUCGAGAACCGUCAAGGGUCUUUGCAUCUUUCCGGAAGAGCAUUCUAGCAGCUAAAGCCUCGCAAGAUCAAAACAAAAACUAUAUGCAUGAAGACAAGUUCGACAUUGUUCGCGAUGACGGCAUUGGGGUACGGCCAAAGAGUUGGUAUGAGAAGGAGUACCAACUCUGGAAGUAUGUCCAAGAACACAUCGACCCAAACCCUAUCAUCAUCGAUGCUUUCGACCUUGUCUCCGAACCACAGAAAAUCUUGAAGGUUUUCUGUGAGGAUGUCGGGUUUCCCUACAGUGAUGGCCUUCUGCAAUGGGCCCCCAGUAAUGAAUUCCCAAAGAAUUUUGUAACACCUGUAGAGAAUAUGUUGUCUGGUAUCGGGGCACAGUUUUACGCGACAGCUUUCAAGAGCACAAGGUUUACGGCACCACGACUCGAAUCUGGGCCCUUACCACGUGAUCAGCUCACGGACGACAUCAUUGAAUGCGUUGACCAUUCUAUGCCAUUCUACCGUGAAAUGUACGAGAACAGAUUAAGAGCUUUAUAAAUGUUCCAUUCUUUUAGCUUAACAGACCCAAGUAUGACAUCAUAAGAAUAGAUAUAAAUGAAAUAAUUUUUAUAAUUUAAUAAUUUCAUGUGGAAAAAAAUGUCUUUGAAAGCAUGUCAGUACAAUGAACUGAAGCAUAAUUUGAAUACAAUUUUUUUAUUGUCAAAUCAAUAUUAGUAGUAUUUUGUAAAAAAAAAAAUAUAAUCCACAACACCGAUACAUGUACUUUAUACAUACAUGCAGGGGCCGCGGAACCGGGGGGGGGCUGGGGGGGCUUCAGCCCCCCUACUUUUUUCCAAAACCCGUGUGCAAAAACGCAAAAAUGACCAUACGAUUGUGAUUUUCUGCAUGGUCAGCCCCCCACUUUUGGCUCAGCCCCCCCCACUUUGAAAACCGUUCCGCAGCCCCUGCAUGUAUAUGCAGCUUACAAGACAAUUCAGUUUCUUGGACAGUACAAAAAACAGUAUUAACUCUUUGAACCCGAAAAGCUGGAAUACCGGCUUCAAGUCAUGUGAUUCAAAAAGCAAAGGUUUUAGAUAUCAGGUGACCUUAAAAUGAUUUCAUUUUAGAGAUAUUGAAUCAAUAAGUUCAGAUUAUAUUUUCGUCGACGAUUGGCUUUCAUUUAAGGUUUUAGCAUCAUAAUGACCUUACCAAGGAGGCUUGUGCGAUAAUACAUGGCAAGACGUAUGCGUAUUAUUAAAGCUACUGUUGAAUUUCACUUCCGUCAAAGCAGUGAUUUUUAGACAAAAUUUGAGAUUAUCGUAAGUACGGGAAGCUAAAUAACAUCAGCUGGGCCAGGCUGGGUACCAGCGGAGUGAGGUACCGCUGACAUGUCUGGCUCGAAUGAGAAUGGGAGAUAACUUAUUUUAAAUGUCAUACAUUCCUUCAUUUUGCUGAUAAUCUCGAUAUAUAUCUGCAAAUAAUUUAGCAUUAGGGUCAGGACCGUCCCAAUUAAUUCAGGGUUCAUAGGGUUAAUUUAAUCUUUAUUGUUAAAGUGAUUGCAAAAAUAGUUGGCAUUGCGAUUGGUCGCAGGUCAAACCGAUCGCGAUCAUCGCAUGCGAUGUUUUGAAAUCGGCUGUGAAUAAUACGUGUGAGGAAAAAGAUACUGGCCCAAAAUCAAAAAUUUUGAGGAUAACCGGAGGAUAUUAAGUUAUUCAUCUUUCUCGUUAUUUUUUUUUCCUUUAAUUUUUACGAUAAAAAUGAUUUCCAUCCCCUCUUUGUGACUCGGUAUAUCCGAACUGGUUCACCGUCUCGAAGUUCGGGUAGGUGUAGUGUAGCGGUAGUGAAGUGGAGUGGAGUCUGCAUGAACUUCGCUCGAGGUAGCCGGGGGGGGGGGGGGGAAUUUUCCGGGGCAGGGGGGGGGGGUUAAUUGUCCAGGGGCAGGAGGGUAAUUGUCCGGGGGUAAUCGUCCAGGAGCCUGUAGCACGACGAGAUGAGCGAUACGUAGGAACGUCCUAGGAUCAUUCUUCCGAGAUAGGAAGAUUGGCGACAAAUCAGCGCUUUCCGUUUCACGAAGGCAAUUUAGUCUUCCAAGUCCGCGACAUCGUUUGAUAUCGAUAGUAUCGGAAAAACAUUUAGUCUUUAUCGCCACCUGAACCUUUUAUUUCGGAAUGACUAUUUUUCAUAAAAUCAUAUAUUUCAAUAAAUGGAGAUCAAAUAAUGUUUUAUUUGUUACUGAUUGUAGAAUUGAUGUAUGGAUCUUACUUUAUGUGGUAAAACAAGACAAAAAUUCAAAGAUUCACAAACAUAACUGGAUAAAAUCGAAAUUUUCAUUAUUUCCCUUAUCUAGAACGCGGUGCCCUUUUGGAGACACCUUUCAUUGAUAUUUCAACGAAAGAGACCCUUGUCCGACAUAAAAAUUGAUGUAACUAAGAAAUUUCGACAGUGUAUUAGUUCAAUAUAUUGAUUUUUUUUAUAGAAUACUUAUUUAUAGUGAUAAUUUUGCAAAAUAUGCUUUAAAUGUUAUUUGUUGAGGUAAAAAUGUGGUUUGAAUGAAGUAAACAAAAUCAACGUGUCUGAUUGUAUGAGAUU